AUGCCCUCACUACGCAACAUCCUCCACAAAAGCGAAGACCUCAGCACCACUCAAACACCCCAAAAUGUACCAACAACACCCCAAGCACCCGAGUUCAAGCUCAUCCGCUCAGACACGCACACCGAGGAGAUAAUUACCCCGCUAUCUAUUCCAACCAACCAACCCCAACCCCAAUACCUAUCAUCACCAACUCAAGACGAGCCCACGUCUCCACGGCGAAGCUUCCAGUUCUUCAACCGCUCUCCCAGACCUACCUCUGCAUCCUCGCAAUCCCCACCGCAUCGCGAGCACCGCCUCUCAAACCUCCUCCACCUCGACCACCGCAGUCGCAGUAACUCGCGCGACUCCUCCGCUAACAUCCCCGCGGAUCUGCCGCAGAUCGACGAUGAUCGUAGCGCGAGUAAGCAGGAGCGUGAGGCGUUGUGGGAGAACAGGGCUACUGUGCUUGUGCAGCGGAAUCCGUACUUCGCGCACUCCGGCUCGUCCUUGCCGGGGCAGCAGGGUGAGGGGGAGGCGUCGCUAGGUUUAGGACUUGGAGUUCCGGAGCAGGUUAGACCGAAGAGCUCGGGCCAGAGUCGGAUUGGUCUGGAUCGGAACGAAGAUAUCAAUAUUCAAGAGGCGAUUCGACUGCAUGAAUCUGGUGAUCUCGAGCGAUCAACUCACAUGUUCGGACAGCUUGCUGAUCCAAAUGGCGCGAAUAAUCCUCUGAGUCAGGUUCUUUAUGGCCUUGCACUACGACACGGAUGGGGAUGUCCUGUAGAUCCCGCACGUGCCGUAACCUAUCUCUCCGCCGCAGCAUCCAACUCAGCCGCAGUUGAGGCUGAGGCCCUCCGUGCCGGGGUUAAAAAAGGGGGAUCUGCAAAAGGAGAGCUCGUUUUGGCCAUGUUCGAGCUGGCGAAUUGCUUCCGCAAUGGGUGGGGUGUAGCAAAGGAUCCUGCUGCUGCUCGACAGUAUUAUGAAACUGCUGCGAACUUGGGUGAUACUGAUGCUAUGAAUGAAGUGGGCUGGUGUUACCUGGAGGGAUUUGGGGGUAAAAAAGACAAGUUCAAAGCGGCCAAGUAUUACAGACUUGCCGAGGAGAAUGGGUGCCCUACCAUUGGGAAUUCAUGGAUCUGGAAAGACAAGUACAACCCAAAGUAA